AUGGGCUUAUAUUUGAAGUACUUUUUGUACAUCUACUUCCUUCUCAACUUAAUAUCGACCGCACUCAGCAUCAAAUGUUGGAACUGUAGAUCUAGCAAUGAUCCAAAAUGUGCGGAUCCAUUUGAUAAUACAACAGUUCCUAUAACUGACUGCACGCAAGAAAAAGGAUUAAGACAUUUACCUGGCUUGAGGCCAUCAAUGUGCAGGAAAAUAAGACAAAAAGUGAAUGGUGAAUGGAGAUAUAUAAGAGACUGUGCUUAUCUUGGAGAAGUUGGUAUCCAGGGAGAUGAAAGAUUCUGUCUCAUGAGAACUGGUACUUACAACAUAUUUGUGGAAUAUUGCACAUGCAACAGCAAGGAUGGCUGUAACUCAGCAUCCCUUAAGUAUGCUUCUUCUGUUUUAAUAUUCUUAGUAGGACUUGUUUAUUAUUUAACUGUUAUGCCGUAA